UGCAUUCUUGCUGCACAAGGCGCCUUGUUGUUACAUGUUGAAGAAGGGAGAUGGUGGCUUGGAGAACAGUUUCCAAAGAUUGAUUCAUUGGAUUAUUUCUGUGUUCGUUUGCAGCGUGUUGUUGUACGAUAGAAAUGGCCCCACUAGGCUUUAUGUCAAUCGGUGUCAAUAUUCUUACAAAAUCAUUUAGUCUGCUCUCAAGUGCAUCUCGUGAAAGGUGCGGCUGGGCAAUUAACGGGGCCAAAGCGCUUACCACCUAUGCAGGCGGUCCACCCAAAAGACCCCUGAAUGGCUACAUGCGAUUUGUGCAACAACAACGACCGCAAGUUCUCAGACAGCAUCCUGAUGUCAAAGCCACAGACGUUAUCAAACAGAUUGCUACAAGAUGGAGGCAGCUGUCCGCAGACCAGAAACAGCCCUUCGAGAGGGCUGCCCUGGUUGACAUGAACCAGUACAAGGUGGCCCUGGAGCGAUACAAGGCUGCCCUGACGCCCGCACAGUCUCAGGCCAUCGAGGAGGAGGAGAGACAGAAGAGGGACAGGAGGAAGGCCAUCAGGAGGAAGAGGGAGCUUAACAGCCUGGGAAAACCAAAGCGUCCAAGAGUGCCUUUCAACAUCUUCAUGUCGGAGCAUUUUGAAGGGGCACAAGGAACCACAUUGGUGGCCAAAAUGAAAUCGCUGCAGGAUGACUGGAGAAGACUUUCCAACUUAAAGAAACAAGUGUAUGUACAGCUGGCUGAGGAUGACAAGGUGCGCUACACAAACGAGAUGAAGAGGUGGGAGCAGCGCAUGGUGAGGAUGGGCAGGGACGACCUGAUCAGGAGGAAGCCGGCAGGCAGGAAGACCGCCAACGCCGCCAAGAAAGUGGCCGAGUCCAAAAACGCCAAGCCCAAAAAGGUGGUGGCCAAAAAGAAGAAGGUGGUAAAGAAGACACUGACAAAGGCCACAGCCGCAAGAAAGACCAAAUAAGAGCAGCCUGGGUGUCUUUUUUAAACAAAACAAAACAA